UUGGUGGAGAGUCAGGAGCCGAGCGGAGCUGGCGGGUGUCGAGCAGCCUGUGAACGGCACAAAUCUGGUCCCUGUGGAUGUGUCCCCCCCGCGGUACUGGUCCGAGGUCACCGUGCGUUUCCCAGUAAAGGAUCCGAGUCACAGGAGGGACCGACACCGGCGUCAGUUUCACGGAGCGGCUCACGUUAGCGCUUACUUGAUGUUUUCAGCUGCUAUCCCGUUAGCAUUACCCGGAGUGGGCUCGCAGAGGCUAGUUAGCAGGGGCUGCUAACGCGGUAGCUUGGGUGCAAACCGGUGUGAGCGCUCGCCGCUGCAGGGAGGGAACCGAGAGAAGAGGCAGGAGCUGUGUAGCAUCCCACCGGAGACCCCCACCCACCCCCCAGCGUCAGCCCCUUUUUAGCCCAGUACAGGUUUGGAUACACGACCCCCAGAGGAGCCCUCGCCUGGGGGAGGCCCGCCGCCCCGGUCCUGCUUCGCGUCUCUAAGGGCCUGGAAUGGGAUCUGUGGUCCGGUGCCAGUCUGCAUGACAUUUCCUGAUGCAGCUGCUGCAUGCCACACAGCCACAUGAAUACUGCCACUGGCCACCUUUCACUGCCCCCGGUUCAGUCGGUGGCUCGGCGACACUUCAAAGGGGAAGGUCUGCGGCACUGCAGAUAACAAAGUGCACCCCCCCAAGCAUCGGCAAGCUUUCCCGGAGCCCCCACGCGGUCCCGUGGGUGACAGAAAGAAUCAACCCAUAGACUAGGACCUGGAGUGGAGAAGACCAAUUGUGGCUUGAACAAAAGGCAGACAGAGAGAACUAAUGCCAAGCCCUUCUCCUCCUCAGACAGCCUAGCGAAGGUCCAGGAGGUAGCAAGCUGGCUUUUGGAAAUGAACCAGGAUCUGCUGUCGGGGGGCAGCAGCAGCAGGCGGAGUCGGGGGCCGGGGGGUCCGGCAGUGCGAGGUAACGCCUCCUCCACAGCCCGGGCGCCCCAGCAGGCGGCCGAGGAGGGCGAUGAGGAAGAGCAUAUGAACAGGGUAGUAGAGGAGGAAGAGCAGCUGCAGCAGAGGCCUGAUACAUCCCAGGUUGACGGUGGAAGAGAACAACCAUGGGCGCCCAGCGAAUCAGGAGCCAGCAACGGCCCUCGCGGAGACGAGGAAGGGGAAGAUGGCGAGGACGGCCCGCCAAACGAAGUGAACGGUAGGGAGAAAGGCGCCCGGUGGCUGUGGGAGUCGGAGCAGAGGCGGCUGCGAGGCGAAGAGGAGGAAGAGGAGGAGGAGGAAGAGGAGGAGAACAACAACAGCGGCAGCCACCAAGAGGAGGAGGAGGAGGAGGAGGAGAGGACAGAGGGAGGGGAUCAGCAGCAGGGAGGGGAGGAAGAGGAGAGGGAAGAAGGGGAGGAGGAAGAGGAGGAGGAUGAGGACGAGGAAGAGAUGGACCAAGACAGUGAUGACUUUGAACAUUCAGCAGAGAGUGGGAGAGAAGAGGAGGAGGAGGAGGAAGGAGAAGGGCUACGGUCUCCCUCUCUCAGGAACAAUGUGUCCACCCCCAAUAACAACCUGGACUCUGGUUGUACACACCAAAGCUCUUCCAACAAGAAGAUGAAAAGGAAGUUGGACCAUGGCCCCGAGGUCCGAUCUUUCCCUUCAGGAAAAAAGCCCUGCAAAGGCACGGAGUAUCCAAGCCCGAUGGGAAUUGUUCCAUGUCCAGCCACACCCACCACAUUUGGCCAGAUCAGAACCGCCAACAGUCAGGGGCAACAAAGACGGCGUAUCACCUCAAUCCAGCCACCUACGGGUCUCCAAGAAUGGCUCCGAACAUUUCAGAGCUGGACUGGCCCGGAGAAGCUGCUGGCGCUGGAUGAGUUGAUUGACAGCUGUGAGCCCACACAAGUCAAGCAUAUGAUGCAGGUGAUCGAGCCGCAGUUUCAGCGAGACUUUAUCUCCCUGCUUCCCAAAGAGCUGGCUUUGUACGUCCUGUCAUUCCUGGAACCGAAAGACCUCCUCCAGGCGGCCCAGACGUGUCGCUACUGGCGCAUCCUGGCAGAAGACAACCUGCUGUGGAGGGAGAAAUGCAGGGAGGAAGGCAUCGAUGAGCCUCUGCCCCUCAAGAAGAGGAAAAUCGUCAAGCCUGGCUUUACUCACAGCCCCUGGAAGAGUGCCUACAUCAGGCAGCACCGAAUAGACACUAACUGGAGGAGAGGCGACCUCAAAUCACCCAAGGUGCUGAAAGGUCACGAUGACCACGUGAUCACCUGCCUCCAGUUCUGUGGCAACCGCAUCGUCAGCGGCUCCGACGACAACACGCUGAAAGUCUGGUCGGCUAUCACAGGAAAGUGUCUGCGGACGCUGGUGGGCCACACAGGGGGCGUGUGGUCAUCCCAGAUGCGAGACAACAUUAUUAUCAGCGGCUCCACUGAUCGCACACUCAAGGUCUGGAACGCAGAGACAGGAGAAUGUAUCCACACCCUCUACGGGCAUACCUCAACAGUGCGCUGCAUGCACCUACAUGAGAAAAGGGUGGUCAGUGGCUCUCGCGACGCCACGCUGCGCGUCUGGGACAUCGAGACGGGUCAGUGUUUACACGUCCUCAUGGGCCACGUGGCGGCGGUGCGCUGCGUCCAGUACGAUGGCCGGCGGGUGGUCAGCGGAGCCUACGACUUCAUGGUGAAGGUGUGGGACCCCGAGACGGAGACCUGCCUCCACACGCUGCAGGGCCACACCAACAGAGUGUAUUCAUUACAGUUUGAUGGGAUCCACGUGGUGAGCGGCUCGCUGGACACGUCCAUUAGGGUCUGGGACGUGGAGACGGGCAACUGCAUCCACACGCUAACGGGGCAUCAGUCCCUCACCAGCGGCAUGGAGCUCAAAGACAACAUCCUGGUCUCGGGCAACGCAGACUCCACUGUCAAGAUCUGGGACAUCAAGACGGGCCAGUGCCUACAAACACUGCAAGGUCCACACAAGCACCAGAGCGCCGUGACGUGUCUCCAGUUCAACAAGAACUUUGUGAUCACCAGCUCGGACGACGGCACGGUCAAACUGUGGGACCUGAAGACGGGCGAGUUCAUCCGGAACCUGGUGACGCUGGAGAGCGGCGGCAGCGGGGGUGUGGUGUGGCGCAUCCGGGCCUCCAACACCAAGCUGGUGUGCGCGGUCGGCAGCCGCAACGGCACAGAGGAGACCAAGCUGCUGGUGCUGGACUUUGACGUGGACAUGAAGUGAGGGGGGCGUGGUGGGAAGGACGAAGAGCGCAAACGUAAAGCGUGGGAGACGAGGCGCCUGGAGACCAGAGGGCCCGAUGCCGACAACUCUUCACCCAAACCAAUUCUACAACCACCACCACCACCACCACCACCAGUGGGCUGUCCAGUCCUCCACCAUUAUCUCCCCCCCCCGUCCGCCUCCUGGGUAAACGUUACUGACAAAGCCACAGACCCUCACACGUGUCCAGCCCCUGCUUUUGACCCCGAGCGCCACGCUGAGGUGGAGUCGUAGGGGAUUGGGCUGGAAAAGGGGCGGGGGUGGGGGGGGGGUGGGGCAUGAGCGGUCUGUCCCCUGAUUAGCCGGGAGAAAAGACGAGAAGAAGAAGGAAGGAACGACUGACAACGACUGAACUUCUUUUGAAGUGACUCUCCGCCCUUUUCGGUUCGGGGGCAGCUUCGCACAGAGACUUGGUUUCGCUUCAAGCCUGACAGAUUUUGAGAUGUAUAGAGAUAUAUUAUUUUUUAAAGCCCCCCCCGCACAUGCACCCCUUCCCCCUCAUCAGUAUGCUCCCUCAAAAACACACACACUCACACUCACACACACACACUCAAACCGGAAAGGAAAAAGCUUGAGGAAGGUGGGAGAUGUUUUUAAAGGUGAAUUUCCACAGUUACAUGUAAAGAGCUGCUCAAUGUUAACGAGAGGAUUCAGAGGUUUCGUUGUUUGUUCUCACUCCGUUUCCGUUCUGAUCGUUUUCCACUCGGUUUCUGUAGGUUUUUUUUUUUGUUGUUUUUUUUUUUUUUUUUUUUACAAUAUCGCACACAAUCACAACUGUGAAUCUCAGUUCCUUUUUGGUUUAUCACAUGAAAGGGGGUUUCUGUAUUGUUGUGGGUUGUUUUUUUUGUUUUUUCCCCUCUUUCCUUGCCGUUGCCAACAGCAACAAAUCCCAGUAUUAGAAACCAGCUCGGUUUAGGUUUGCUGUCGUUAUGUCACAAGUUUGUUUUGAGGGGUGGGGGGGAGGGGGGGGUGGGGUUGUUUGAGUUGUUUGUACUUCCUUUCUGUUUUCUACAUACCUGGGUUUGGAGCUUCGUCUCCACAUCAACAUCAGUGCUGUCCAGAAUGUUUCAGUCUAGCUGGGGGGGGGGGGGGGUUCCUCGAAGGCAGCGCCGGGUCGAGAGCUAACGUCUCUUUGCUCGAACGCCCCUGGCACCCCCCCCUCCCUUCCCUUGGCCCCUCCCCCUCUACUGUUCUCCCCAGUGGCCAAACUGUAUUUAUGCUGCUAGAUGAAUGGGAAAGAAGAGAGCGAUGGAACUCUUACUUGCUGUGACGUUUUAGUCCCAGGCGAAAUUCCAAAACAAACUCUUGUGUGUUUGGACUUAAAGAGAAACGACGACAAAAGAUGAACAUCCAACAUUUUUUUGUUUUUGUUUGUUUUUGCCACUGAAACUUGAGCCAAACGUGCCUCUGCGAGGCUGAGAGGAGGGAGCGUGUCCGACAGAUACUGACGGGAGCGCCUGCAGAGAGGAAACAAGCGGAUGUACACUGUUGGCGUGCGUGCGUGUCUGUGUGUGCGGAGUGUGCAUGAGUACGUGUGUUCAGCGUGUUAAUGGGCAACUUGUAAACACAUUCCUUGGGACAAAGCUCUUUCAGCCUGUUCUUUGGAGAAAUGUACAAAUGUGCUGUGUGGACUGGCAAAGAAAAAACAAACAAAAAAAAACUGGCAGACGUAUCAACCAUACCACGUGAAUGAAAGAAGUGUCUGUUUCCAUGUGCGAUUGUCGUUCCACUCAAAGAUGUCCGAGGCAACAGAGGAGACCAUCACAAGCAUCAGCUGAUGGGCGGAGCGACGGCGAGUCGUCGUGUUACACGUGUCGCCGUUCAAACCCCCGCGGCCGCAGCCUCACGGUUCGUCAGGCGGGAAAAAUAAAACACACAAAAAGGCAACAAACGUGAACUGAAGCAUUGUAGCCAAAUGAAAAAUCGUCUCAAUCUCUAAGAGUCACAACUCGAGCUGAACUGUGAAAGUGGUAUAACACUGUAUAUUAAAAAAGAAAAAAGAAAACAAUCUUGCUCUAUCUCUUCUCGUUGUUUUCUCCCUCUGUUUUAAUUUAUGAUCUGGUUUGAGAAAUCAGAUUUGUUGCAGGUGUUUUUAUUUUUCCAGUUCAUGUAAAACUGCCUGGCAAAAAAGUCAAACAGACAGAAAAAACCUUUAAAGGGAUUGUGUAUUUGUUUGAUUCACUUAGAAUUUUAUUUUCUUAUAACUUAAGUGCAAUAAAAUGUGGGUUUUUCUUUUUUCAUUUCAAGCAUAUCAGUGGUCUGUUAUUGUUUCCUGUGUGAAGGCAUCUUAUAUGUUCAAUAAAGCAAAUUAUUUGGUUAAUUUUA